AUAUGUAUAUAAUUUGGUGUCUAUAUAUAAAAUGUGAGUGGAUUUAAGAUGAUAUUGUCAUUUUUUGUAGACUUAAGAUGAGUUUUGCAAUUUCUCUUGUGGUGUCUUCUUACUAGACAUUUUUUGGAGUGAGAUUGUGCUGAUUAUUUGUGUUUGUAGAGCUUAAUUUAAGGAAUGUAAAGUAUUAUAAUAGAUGAAAGAGCGUAUCUCAUAGGUGCAUUGUCUUCUGCUAAUUUAUGGUGUUAGGAUAAAAGGGCUGGUGACCUAAUCAGCCAUGUGUUGUGAGCAAAAAGAAGUCAGGAAUGGAGUGGCUGGUGAAGGCCAUGGCCUGGGAUCAUGCAAAGAAGAUGAGCUGAGAGUCGAUGGUGUAGCUACAGACACAAAUAAUAGACCUGUAGGGACAAUUAAGGUCCCUAAUGGGUUCCAGAUAUCACAACAACAUGCUCCUCAACGUUCUGUGAUUUGUUGGGAGAGGUUCUUGCCUAUUAGGUCGUUGAAGGUUCUUCUAGUGGAAAAUGAUGAUUCAACUCGCCAUGUUGUCAGUGCUUUGCUACGGAAUUGCAGUUAUGAAGGUCCGAUAUCAUAGCAGAACAACGGCCUCAUGUCAGGGGACAAUUUGUUCAACAAACACUGUUUGAUGCGAAGGAGGUAAAAGAUUGUUCGAGCAACAUCCUUACCUCAAAAGAAAUUCCAGAGGUAACCUUAUAUGACACAAGCAUUGAUGCGGGCCUCUAAAUCUACCCCAUAUCCCUGAUAGUGCAUGUCAAUUUGUGUACAUUAGAUAACAUUAACUAUUCAUGUAGGGAAAGUUUUUGUCACAGUAUUUGCUAGAUAAGAUUUUAGGUACAGUUUAAGAAAUUCAAUUUGAAACCUUUGUGAAGAUAUUUUAUAUUUUAAGUUAUUUUUAUAAACCUUUCAAGAUCAACAACUUGUAGGAGAAGGGAGAAGAGAUCACCCCUUGAAUUGUACAAUCUCUAUGC